GCUUCUACCAUGCCAUGGCCAUUAUCCAUUACUCCGCGGUAGAGGACGACGAGUGGCCGUAUCGCUCGCUAUCCAUUUUACGACUCGCGUACUAGUAAAACUACCAACACGCUUACAGCUGUGACCUUAUUCUCUUCAAUACAUUCUUCACCAGUGUCAGAAAUUAAAUAGUUUUUAUCGUGAUCCAAAACUUAACAGUGUUCUAAUAAAGUGGUUCUCUUAAUGUUUACAACAUCAACAUUACACGACGUAUGGUUCAAAUCAAAAUGAGUCAGUGUUUCCAAGUUUUUAAGUGUUUACGGUAACAGUGAUCGAACGUAACCUGUGGAAUUCGCUCGCUGCUGUAUCGUUAAAUUGAGCAGUGAUCGAAAUAGACCUCUCGAUUAAAAUUCCAUGUUAUGAAACUGAAAACAUAGCGCCAUAAAUAAGUUUGAUAAAUGGGAGAAGACGGUAUAUAUUAUUUAUCAAUAGAAUAAAGUAAACUCUUCGACAUGAAGAGUGGUCGCAGCUGCUGGUUGUUUAUUGCCCUUGGAGUCAUACUAACAUCAUCACCGACGACGGCUUACUAUGGGACUGAUGAAAAAGAUCAGGAAGAUAUAGAUGGGCCAAUAAUAAUACCACAAAAAACUGAAGUAGUCUUACAACAGGGUCAAAAUUUUACACUUAUAUGUAGAGGAAAAAGACGAUUGCAAAUAAGGCAACAAGAAAUACCAGAAGAAUUGAUUGGUGCUUUCAGUAUGGAGGAAAGAAUACUAGAAUCAACCGAUGUCAAUUAUCCGUUUGAAAUUGCUCUAGAUCUUUUUAAUGUAGAUCAAUAUGCAGUCGGUUACUAUGCUUGCUACGAUGAUGCUGUCGAUAGUGAUAAUAUUUUGAACGAUCUAAUGGAAGAACCUAGUAAUACAGAACACAUUUCAUAUAUUUAUAUUUACGUUAAUGGCACUGACGUAUUAUUCGCACCUAUGUUGGAGUACUUUGUAGUACCGAGUGGAUCAAAAGCCAUACUUCGAUGUAAACCCACAAUGCCAGAUAUAAUCAUUACAUUAUCAUUGGUGAAGCCGGGUAGCAAGACACCAGAAUAUAAAAAAUUCUCGCCAAAGAUUGGGUUUUUGAUAAAGGCAAAUAUGCCUUCUUAUCGAUGCGACGCCAGAAGAGGAAAUCAUACCUCUUGGAAACUUCUAAAGAAAAGGGAGGAUACGUGGACACCCAAAUUGCGAAUAGAUAAAGCAGAUAGGUAUUUUAUAGCUGGUGAAAAUUUUACGCUGACUUGUUCAGUGAAAUACCAGCUAAACUCGCCGGUCGCAUUGCAAUGGGAUAUACCACCGAAAGCUACGUGCAAAUUCAUUAAUGUUUCGAAUGAAUUGAACGUUACCCCCGGUGAAAAUUUGUUCAACACCAUCACAGCCAUUAAUGCUACCAAGGAUGAUGAAGGAUAUUACAGUUGCAUACUGAGUGGUGGACUGGAAAGGAAGAAAAUCGAACGCACAGAAAAAAUCUUUAUAGAUGAACCUUUUUUAAAUUUGAAGAAAAGUAAUGAAGAUGCGAUCCUGGAGACUAAAGUGAAGAUAAUGACAAUGACAGUAGAAGUAAGCGCGUACCCUCCACCUAAAUUCAGUGUUUAUCGUGAUAAUGAACCGUUGCAAGUGAAUAAUUCCAAGUAUAAACUUACCAUUAAGCGUUUGACCGGUGACCUAGCUCUAACAAUAACUGAUUUAAAUGUGAACGACACGGCGAAUUAUACGAUUGAAGGAACUAACGGCUACGUAACAAAAACAGUUACGUAUGAUUUGAGGAAAACAGAUAAGCCAAAAGUCUCAUUUCGGCAAAGUCAGGAUAUUAUAUUGUUGGUGAACACUCAGAAAACCUUAGUUUGUGAGGCACUCGGUUAUCCGCUACCAUUUAUUGAAUGGAAAUUUAACGGUGAUCCUAUACCUGGAAUUGACGAAAAGCAAUCCGUGUACAAAGUUAUUUCGAAAUUAAAAAUAACCGCUUACAAUUCUGGCAACAUAACAUGUACUGCUUCAAAUACGAAUGGCACAGAUUUUGUUUCUAUACAGUUAUUUAUAUAUGAAAUAUCAAACGGAUUUGGUAUUCAAAAUAGGAAGGAAUGGUAUCCCGAGAAUCAGGAGGUCUCUAUAAGAUGCUUGGCUUCGUUUUAUAAAUUCUCAAACUCAUCUUGGUACGGACCAAAUGACGAUGAUCUGGCGGAAUAUGUGCAAUAUUCGCAAAGCCCAUUUUCGCAUGUAGCAAAACUGAAAAUAAACCAAGUUUCCAUGCAGCAAGCUGGUUCAUAUACGUGUGUUGGAUAUAAUUUAAAUGGAACUCGAGAAGAAUUAACUACUGAUAUUGUUGUUGAAGAAAUGCGGGAGCCAGUGUUUAUUGAGCCUAUAAUUGAUCGAGAUGAAGAAGUGAGGUUGUUCCAACAAGUAUCAUUUAGUUGUGCAGCUGAUGCUAUACCGAUACCAGAAGUAGAAUGGCAUAAGGACGGAGAAUUAUUGGAAAAUAAAACUGAUGAUUUGGUAAUGUACGUUAAGCGAAACCACUCUGUUGUUAACUCUACAAUUUAUAUAGAAAGAAUGAAUGAAACAAACAAAGGCAAAUAUGAAUGUGUGGUAAUUUAUCACACUAAGAAUUAUCAUAAAAGUAAAUUUGUGAAUUUGAUUAUGAAAGAUUCGAUGCCGUACAAGUCCACUAUUUUAAGCGUUGUCAUUGUAGUCAUAUUGAUACUGAUCAUUUUGGUCAUAUACUUGACAUGGAAAAUAAGAAAGGAAAAGAGAUUUAGGAAGGAGUUGGCUGCCGCUGGAUUGUGGAACUUCAAAAAAGGCACAGGGACACUGAAUCCAGACCUUGGAAUUGACGAACAAGCAGAGCUUCUGCCAUAUGACGAGAAGUUUGAGUUUCCACCAGAAAAACUUACACUCGGCAAGCAGUUGGGUGCUGGCGCGUUUGGUGUAGUGUACAAAGCAGAAGCUCGUGGUAUCAUUAACGCGGAAGAGACCACUCCCGUCGCAGUGAAAAUGGUCAAGAAGACAGCCGACAAUAUGUACAUCAAAGCUCUUGCUUCCGAACUUAAGAUCAUGGUACACAUGGGAAAGCAUGUCAAUAUCGUCAACUUGCUGGGUGCUUGCACGCAAAAUGUUGGAAAACGCGAACUGAUCGUGAUUGUCGAGUACUGCAAGUUUGGCAACAUUCAUAACUACAUGCAGAAGCACCGUGAAGUUUUCAUCGAUCAGUUUACGGACAACAAAGAGAAGAACCUCGGAAAGGUCAAUAAAGGCUAUUCGUGCAGCAGUGCCAGUAGCGGAAUAAACUCUGAUUACUUUGGUACAAACCACACUCAAGCAACAUACCAUACCGCCUUGAAUACUGCAAACACCAACAGAUCGGGCAGAAAAGUAUCGGAAACUGGUUAUGUACAACCCGAGUGGCGAUCAAAUUACGAAAGUGACUACAGUUUUGAUGGAAGGAAUCCUAGGCCGCUGACUUCGCGAGACUUGCUCGCGUGGGCCUUCCAAAUUGCAAGGGGAAUGGAAUACCUAGCUAGCAGAAAGGUGUUACACGGAGACUUAGCAGCCCGGAAUGUGCUUCUAGCUGAAGAUAAUAUAGUGAAGAUUUGCGAUUUCGGCCUUGCUCGAAGCAUUUACAAGAACGACGAAUACCAGAAAAAGGAAAACAGCCCGCUACCAGUGAAGUGGCUUGCCAUAGAAUGUAUGACGGAUCGCAUCUUCUCGACGCAGUCGGACGUGUGGUCGUUCGGCAUCGUGCUGUGGGAGAUGUUCUCCCUGGCUAAGACGCCCUACCCAAACAUGAGCCCGCAAUAUCUGCUGCAGUGGCUCUCCGAAGGGCAUCGUCUGGAGAAGCCUACGUACGCAGAUGACAGGUUGUACGAUGUGAUGAUGAGGUGCUGGUCCCACAAGCCGAAUGCUAGGCCUUCGUUCACGCACCUACAGGAGCUGCUAGGUUCAUUCUUAGAAGACAACGUCAGAAACGUAUCGAAAAAAGAAAGACAUCGAAGCAUAGAAUGAGAAAAAUAUAUUUGAUGUGUGAAAAUUCUCUAGUGAUAAAAAUCAAGGAGGAAUCAGUUUGUUCGAGAACUUUUGUAUUGGAAAAACAUUGCACGCCUCGCCUCUUAAGCAAAAAGAUUGCUCUCGAGGUAGGUAGUCAUUUUCAGUACUACGUACCCAUUUAAGCUCCACACAAUUAGUACCAGUACAAUUUUCGAGUUGUAGUCCAGACUCUCUUAAAUCGAUAAAUUAAUAGCUGGAAAUGGAUUAUACUUUAGUAAUAAGUAAUAAUUAAUUAAACGGGGAGCUCGAUAUUGCAGCGGUAAGCGCGAUCGAUAUCUAUUGGCUUUAAAAGUAAAGUAAAAAAAUCUUGGUUGUUGUUGUGGCUGAUGAUUGAUAUUUUGAAUUUUACAAAUAUGUUGAUUAAAUUCUUAGAUUUAAAACCUUUGUGUUUUUAUUUCUUUUACAAAGUUACUUUACUACACGACUGUACUUUACCGUUCCAAAAGAAUAAGCCAAAUAGUUGAGAGUUCCAAUAGGUCUUAUUUUGUAGGUAAGUUCGUCUUUGAGGCUCCAAUGGGCACCAUGUUCUUGAUAGAAGGUCGAAUGGGUACUAUCAUGUUAGUAAGUACCUAUUAUGAGGGUCCAAUGGACACCAUGUUCUUGAUAGGUGGUCGAAUGGGUACUUUUUUCUAGGUAAGGUCCAAGUAGCAGGGUCCAACGGGUACUAGACCGAUCUGCGAUCCUGGGAACUAAGCAACUAUUUUAAUGGCCGAUCCCAGUUGGAUGACCCAAUAAUCAAUACCUAUCAGGCCAUUGGUCUCGAGUAUAAGCAUUCGUUAGCAUCCACCAAUCUGAACUUGGCAGGCACUCAUGGCGCGUCCUCCUUAUUCUACCCAAAAAGAAAGCCUGUGCUCCAGCAAUAAGGAUAUAAAUUAGAGAGUAUACAGGGUGGCAGGAAAACUCGACCUGUUAACUCGACUCGAAGGAUAAAGGAUUGCUGUAUGCGCUACAUACCGGGCUCUCUUUUGCGAUAAACCAGUCACCUUGUUAUUAGCCUUGUUGAAACAGAAGCGUCUGCUCGAAAGCACUGAAGAAUUUCAUCAUAGUCAUUUGCAAUAAAAAUCUGCCAUCAUCGUUGUGGCGUCGUCAUCCCGUUUCUCGGAUGCGCUGAUAAGUAGCACCAAACACGCUCAUGUCAGGUAUACGGCGAUUAGGGUAAAGCCUUUGAUACCCCCCUCAGGUUCGAGUGGACUGGAGCCUCCAGACGGAGAGGAGACUCUCCCUGCAGGGAGAUGCUAUCCGUCUGGAAUACCUCUAGAGGCACUCGCCAAUUCUCGGCUUGAGGUCCCCUUUAGGAUCUCGCCGUCCCCAAACCCGAUGACGCUCUAAAGGUCAACUGCAACCAACAGCAUACACUCUCAAAAAAAAAGCCUUUGGUAUUCUCUUCAUGCUGCAGCGGCGUCACCAUCAUAAAAUCCGUACAAAUACACGAUGUCAGCGUAUUAUUCAUUUGGGAACGCAGCCAGUCACAGUAGUUUCAUUAUAAACGAUCUGCAGUCCAUUCACAAGGUCACCACAAUAUGUUAAGAGCCCUUUUACAAAAUUGCGCCGCUACCGUACUGAUCGGCGAGUAGGUAGAUUUGCACUAGUAUAUAUUGCAUUUUACGGGUGAUGUUUCGAGACAUAAAAAAUAAUUAUUAAUAAACUAAUUAUAAAAAUAUAUACAAAGUUCAGUAGUUCAAUGAUGGUAGAUUAUGGUAGAUGGUAAACCUGCUUAUUUUUUGGGAAAGCUCACGGAGGUUAGAUGUUUUUUUUGAUAAUUAAUGAGAUGGAAAAUCAAAAUUCUAAUACAUUAUGUUACAACAAAAACAUAUUUCUGAUGUUGUAGUAAUUAAUUUGAUCUAAUUUAUUGAACAUUAUUGAGAGAUUGAGGCGUUUGAAGUUGUGCAUAUUAUCGUUAUUUCCGUAAACUAGCUGCAGUAGAACGAUCAGUACAAAAAAACGAAAAUCGUAUUUGCAAAUAUUCUACAUUAACUUACAAUAAGAAGAAUAAAUCUACUGGUCACUUCCAUUACAAAUAGUCAAAAUCUUUUAUGUUAAUAAAAAUUACGUUUUUUUGCAAAAAUGUGGAAGGGCUCUUAUAGACCAAAUUUUAGUAUCUAUAGGUAUUGUGCACUUUUUUGAACUACCGCCGCAGAUUAUUAUCGGAGUAAAUACUAACAUCGUAAUAGCUAAUAUUAUAAUUAGCAAUAACUAACAUCGCGCUUAGUUCCUGUUAAUUAAAUGUAAUAAAAUGCAACGCGAAAGUUUUAAAAUUUCUAAUUGUAGUAGCUGAGUGUCUUUAUUAAGCAGUGACACAGUCAAUAUGACAGUAUUUCAAUUUACAAAUCAAAUAGAAAAGUUUGCACUACAGCGCUAUUUUGCUGUUUUUAAUAAACACAGCUAAUAAAAUAACUAAAUAAAUAAUAACUUUUGUACCUUAUUGGAAAGCUUAUGAAACUAGUUUGUAAUUUUACUAAUUUUUACGCCAAAUUCCAUAGUUAUUUUCUAAUAAUAAAAAAAAACACAAAAAAUAUAAAUUAUUGUUACAAAAGCUCUUUUAUUUCUAAGUUUGUGUAUGUUUUGAGCUAUUUUUCUUUUUUGAUAAUUACUGAUUUUUCAGUUUUCAGAAAGUAUAAAUUACAUGUUUAGAGUGGAGUAGUUCAUUCACAAUUAAUGGUUUAUGGAAAUAAGUCAGAAAAAAUCUCAAAAAUCGAAGAACCGUCACAACUCGGUAACCAUCCAGUUUUGACCCCUAGUUCACUGGACUUGAUUUGCUGCUAAUGACCUCUAGUAUAACCCCUUUCAAGGAAUAGGUCGAGUUUUCCUGUUACCCUAUAAAUGCAGUCUUAAGCACAUGCCAAUCGCCAAUGGAUUGUGGCCAAUCAAUGGUGGGCCACAAUCCAUCCUCCUAAUUCAUUCACAGUAAAAGCCUGUACCCCAGCAGUGAGGAUAUUAAUAGGCUGAUGAUGAUGACGAUAUACUUACAACUUCUGUCAUUAAAUUGACAUGUAGCUUUGUAACAAAUUAUUAACGUAUUUAAUUAAUUUUAUUAUUAGCAACAUGAAUUUACUUAAAGGAAAUGCUAAUAUGUUUCUUGCGCCCAUUCUUUUUGUCAGAUAAAAGAUGUCCUGAAUUUCAUUACAUUACACUUACAUUACACGUACUAUUUAGAUAAUUUAUUAGUAUUUUAUAUGCUCUUCUAAGGGUGAAACAUAUGAAACUUUUCAUAUUAAUUACCAGCUGUAUCAAACUAUGUUUCAUGCAAAUAAACUUUCGUUUCAUUUCAUUUCAUUUCAUUACUUAUAGAUAAUGAUGAAGCAUAGUCAAGUCAGCUAUUUGACACACUUUCUGAUUGUUCUCUCGACAUUCCUCAGCAUUACGUGGAUCUGAACUCUACGUACAUGGACCUGAACGUGAAGAGCGCCGGCCAGGAGGACUACUUGGCGAUGGUGAGCGCGCCCGACUACAACAACCUCGUCACGCCCAGCCCCCACCACUACGUCAACGACGUGAGGAGCUUCUUCCCACCGACGCCGAACCAAGUUCCACUUGACGAGGAGGGUUACUUGCAAAUGACGCCCAUGAAACAGAACAUAUUUAGUCCACGGAGCCCUAGCACCAAGUUUGAUUUCGACUCGAAGAAGUUCGACCCGAAAGUGGCCGAAGGUUGUGGUGGGUCUGAACUGACGCCGAUGUUGACCCUGAAUAACUUGCCCGCCAGGAGUGGAUCCGACUCGGACCACGAGGGCCAUUCGCCCUACCUCAACAUGUGCCCAAAGAUCGUCGAAGAAAGCGACGACGUAUUCAAACCGACCCACAACAACUUGAAAAACACACACAACAGUGCUGUGACUAACCCCACAUACAUCACGUUAGAUGUAGACGGCAGCCUAGAUAAGAAACCUAAGGAUAUUAAUAACUAUAUCAAUGUACCGAACGGUCUAGUCAAAUAGGUUCAUUGUAUUUAAUUCGAAGAAAACGUUGGUUUUAUCUGUAAACUGUCAAUUGAAAAUUUACAAUAGGCUGAGUUUACGCGAGUAACGGAAGAAUUAAAGUUAUCAACAUUCAGCCCUGAUCUCUGAUUAUUAGGAAUAGAGGAUGCAAUUUGAAGAAUACCUACAUUUCUCAUAACGAAAUCCAGUCUGUUAUGGAUUAUGUUAUUAUUAUUUAAAACGUGUCAUAUUAGAAUUACUAUAGUUUUCUAUGUGAUGUACUGAAUGUUGUCUGAAUCUUUGUCCUAACAGUUACUGCUUAUUUAUUAAUCUUUACCUUUUUAAUUCAUUUCUAUGUUAUUAUUCCCAAAGAAAAUGAUUUAGUAGCUCUUGAUUAAUUUUGCAAUUUGAAAUCUGUCUUUUUCCUUUCUGAUCUGGCAAUAACAUUGCAAAUAAAACUAUCGCAACUGUCGUAUGAUAUGAUUUAAAUAAUAUACCUAAUAAAAUAAACUAAGCAAGGAUGAAAUGAAGUGAGAUAGGUAUAAUAAAGAACAUGGUGAGUUUGUUAUUAAUGUUUCUCAUAAAUUUAAUGAUAGUGUAAACAACUAUUUAAAGAGUUUGGUAUUCGUUAUUAUUGCUGGAACACACGGUGAUGUGUAUUGUAUGAUGUGAUAUUUUAUUAUAAAUGAAGACGAGUUAGUAUUGAAUGGCAUUUUAUAAUUAUAAAAUAUUAUUAGAUAUUUAUCUAAACCCCACCAUAUUGGUACAAUAGAAUGGAGUAGAAUUUAAAUAAGUUUAAUAAAUCAAUGUUUUAUGUACAAAACGGUGAUGUAUUAUUUUAAUCAUUUGAUUAGUAUGAUGUUAUUAAAUGAUGCAUUAUUAUGUUGUUUUCGAAUGUUAUAAAUGUGUAUAACUUUAUCAAAAUGUGUAUAUAAAAAUGAAUUGAUAUCAAAUUAACAGAGCUUGAUAUUCAAGCUACAUACAUAUUAUUUUGUCAUUAAGUAUUUAGAAUAACAUUUUCAGAUUUGCACCAGUACAGAAAUCUAGUCCGUAUUGCUAAAGUACAUGAAGAAGAUACCAAAAUAAAUGAAAAUUUAUAUAUAAAAUAUCGUUGUUAUGUGCGUCCGUGAAUAGUUAACAUAGUUGUUGACUAUUUCAAGUAAUUGUAAGUAAAAAUGAUUUUUGUUAACUUUAUUAUAGAGUUUAUAAUUUAAACCAACACAAUUAAAAUAAGAUCUUAAGAAAUUCUUACAGUAAAUUGUCUAGUUUUGAUUUCCCAAAGAAAUGAUAUUAAUAAUUUGUGUUAAUAAAAAUAGCAGUCGGAACCACUACAAAAUGUAAUUAUUUUUAUAAUGGAGUGUAUUUAAAUGAAUUAUUAUGAAUUUAUUUUUUAUGACGUUAUUAGUAGGGAAUGCCUCAAUAUGUAAUGCAAGUAAAAAAUAAAUUUGAUAUUACAGAAUAAUUAAAAUGUUUGCUUUAAGAAUGAAUACACUGGCUGGCGCUUUUCCAAUAGAGAAGGAAACGAAAAGCUCGUUACAGAUGGCGCUUUGGCCGUUUGGCCCAUAACGAGCAACCUGUCACUGCAAGACUGCGUUCUAAACCUACGUUCUGAGUGCAACUUUUUACCCCGACGUUUCAAUUCUGACAUAAAAUUUAUGAAACUUAUGUCAAAUUUGACAUUUGUUGCACCCGGAGCGUAGGUUUGGAACAGCCCAUGGAACUGAUGGAACAGCUCUAAUCUAUCGGAAUUUGUCGGUUUUCUUUGGAACUUUGGCAGCUGUCUCGAGUUGUUGUUAAUUGUUAUGGGCCAUUCGACACCUAAGCCUCCGACGGAAUAAACUGGCAGUUUUUUUCCCAUUAGAUCCUUUUAAAACAAAAUCAGCGAAUCUUAACAGUGAUAGGUACAGCGGUUGUUUGCUCGAAUUACAGCGACGUCUAAUGCUGCGUUUCCACUUAUGCUCAGAACAGUUCUGAUCGAGAAAACAUUUUCGCACUCGGUAAAUGGAAACAUCAGAGCAAGCCAGUGAGCUUACCACUUCGUACAACGUUGUUUGACUGGACUCAGGAAUCGAAUGUCUCUCAGUGAAAACAACGCAACAUUGUUUUGAGAAGUUCAUUUACCGUGCGAGAAAAUGUUUGCUCGUUCAGAACUGCUGUACCCUUAGCACGACCCAAUAUUUUGAUUUAUUAUUUUGAUGGGAUUAUUAUACCCCUUUCCACAUCUGUCAAAGAACUUGGUGUGAUAUUUGAUCACUGUUUCUCUUGGAACCCUCUGAUCGAAGUUAACCUGCAUACAACUCACUUAAUCGCCUACGUAACUUUUUGCGGACCAGUACUAAAAUCACUCUGGCGCAGCUUUCCUUUUACUCUCCAUUCUGGACUAUGAUGAUGUAUGUUACACUGAUCUAUCCGAGGAACUGCUAAGCAAGUUGGAACGUUUGCAGAAUAUGGUUAUUUGAUUUAUGUAUAAUCUCCGUAAAUUUGAUCAUGUAUCCCACUUCCGCUCGAAACUCAACUGGCUUCCUAUUCGCCGGCGCAGUGGCUUACAUGCUCUUAUGCUCCUAUGUCCCUGUAUUAUGUACUUUUUCUACCUACUUCACCACCUUAUUUAAAACAAUGCUUUUCUUUGCGUUCAUCCUCUUCACAAUGGAUUCUACGCUCCUCUUCUAAUCUCACUCUUGAAAUACCUUGCCAUUCAACUGAUUUCCUUUCUUACUCCUACUCUAUGCAUUCUAUUCGCUUGUGGAAUUCAUUACUGGAAUCCAUUCGAUGGGCUCGCACUCUGCACUCGUUCCGUGAUCAAGUUAAGCGUCAUUUCCUAUCCUUACUUUAAAUAUACCUCUUUCCUUUCUUUAUAUAUUUAUUAGUUUCUUUUUUUGUUUUAAAUAUAAAUAUGCAUCUUAUUAUAAUUACCUUUUUACUUUAUUUUAUAAUAUUGCUUUCUACACCCUUCCCC